AUGGCACUGAGCACCAAGAAAACAUCUCUCUUCCCCGUCCUUCUGUUGAUUUUGCUGGUGAAAACCGCCGCGAUUGUCUGGAUACGGCGCUUUCGUCCCAACCCUCCGAGUCAAUAUUCCUACCUUGGGGACGACUAUCCGAGAGCGUGGCCGAUACCGAUGACUGGUCCAGUCCACAUGCCACUCGAAAACACUGUGCGCUAUGCAAUCGAGUCCCCUGAAGCAGACGAGGAAUGGCGGUCGAUGAGCCCAAAUGACGGAAUAAUUCAUCUGGGAAAACAUCGACGCCCGUUUAGCAUCUCUAUGUUUCACCAGCUCCGAUGCAUCGAUAUUCUCCGCAAAGAGAUGUGGCUGGCCCAAACUACUGGUGUCACCAAGCCAGACUCGAUGCUCAACCGCCACUGUGUCAAUUACCUAAGACAAAUGAUGUUUUGUACCGCCGACUCAACUUUGGAUGUAGUUCGGGGACCCAUCGCGCACCCUCUGGUGGUCCCCGAGUUCUUCACAUAUAGCCCCACUUGGCGGGACAGACAACAUUAA